AUAACUUUCACACCUGUGUGUUUGUGUUUCUCAAGGCAGAGAAGGAGAGCCCAGGUGUAACACAGGAUAUUGUUCUGAAAAUACUGGAGAAGAAGAACAUAAAAAUCGACUACCAUGAGUCUCUGCUUCGUAUGGCUGCAGACGAUGUGGAAGAGUUCAUGAUUGACAGGCGGGAGCCGGAGUUUCAGGAGCUGAACGAGAGGGCCCGAGCUCUGAAACACAUCCUCAGCACUAUUCCUGAUGAGAUCAAUGACAGAGUAGGCUUCCUACAGACCAUCAAAGACAUCGCCAGUGCCAUAAAGGAGCUGCUAGACACGGUUAAUACCGUCUUCAGGAAAUACCAGUAUCAGAAUAGACGGGUGCUGGAGCAGCAGAAGAAAGAGUUUGUGAAAUACUCCAAGAGCUUCAGUGUCACGCUGAAAACCUACUUCAGAGACGGAAAAGUGAUAAACGUGUUUGUCAGCGCCAACCGGCUCACGCACCAGACCAACAUGAUCCUGCAGGCCUUCAAGACGUCGGUGUAGCGGCGCUGGAAGACACACACACACACACACACACACACACACAGGCAUCUUUAUUAGAGAACAGGUAACAUGAGGCUUUGUAAUUUGUAAAGAGUUUUAUUAUUUUGAGCCGUAUCAUUUAUAAUUCUGCGGCUUUGGGGGAGAUCAGGUAGUUUGAGGUUCAAAGGGAAUCAGGUUGACGGUAAUUGUCCGGGAUUUCUAACUCUCUUUUAUGUUGUUCUUUUAUCAAGAUCUUGAGUCGAUAUUUCUUAUAUAUAUAUAUUAGCCUCUCUGUUCAGUGCUGUGCAAAACAAAGUUUAGGAAAGAACGAUCAUUUCCAUUGUGCUGUGUCUUAAAAAGCACAAUGAAAACCCUUACACAUUCCCACAUUUCUGCACUUUAACUCAUUUUAUUGUUUAUUCUUCUGUUGUAAAACACCAUUCCUGUGUUUAUUGUGGAAUAUAAUGUUGAUAUACCUGUAAAUGGUUGUAUCAUGUACUUUCAGCAUUCAUCAUAUUGAAUUUAUAUAUGUCAAGAAACCAAAACCUGGAGAAACAUUCAGGAUGUUUCCAACGUUUGCUUUUUUUUGUCCUGUAAUAUUCACCCAGUGCAUCAUAAACACAACCUCUCAAGGUGAACUCA